AUUGCUUCCAUCAAAAGAAUUCGCUCGGAACCUCUGUCUACGGCGGGCCUUUACGCUCUGAGCGUGUUGCUGGCCCAGGGCAGGACAGCCUCAAAGCGAUAGUCCCGCCAGCUCCGCAGUUUUCUGCCAGCAUGCGCGACAGCUUCCUCGCCAACCUGGCCGUCGCUUUGCGUAGUCGGGCGGGCCGAGGUCCCAGCGACGAUCGCUCAGCCGAGUUCGUUCUGUCCGGUUUCGUCGGCUACCACGGCGACUCGUUCGUCGUGGCGCCCGCCUAUCUGUCCGGACACGGCGUGCUGGCGCUUCGCGUGGACGAAGUCGACGUCUUCUACCCGACCCUGGCGGCGCUGAUGCUGCGAGCCAUCUACGAGGACGCCGCUUUCUACUCCCCACCCUCAAUGGCCAACUACACGGACGGCUGCUUCAGCGAGUCCGUCUCCUUCGCGCUGGGGAGAUACGUGGCGCCUCAUGCGGUGAUGCCAUUCAUGGGAAACCGCUGGGCAAUUUUCUUCGCCUCCUUCCUCUCGAGGCGGAGGGCGGCCGACGUGCACCGUCGGCUGGGUGACAACGGCCGGGCUCAUCUCUACUUUCGCCUCGUCUGUUUUUUCUCCUGCGGGGACCCGGCGAUGCGGGACACCUGCAACGACGUCGCUUAUUCGAGCAACGAUCUGUCGCGCUCCAUCGGCUGUCACCGAGAGCGGAGCGUCAAGUGCGACUGCGACCGCCUGGACAAUUGCGAAACUCAUAUGCCACGCGCGUAGGCGAAACGCAAAGCGCGGUGCGGUUGCGUCGGGCGUGGUGGGCCC